UUAUCACAUAUAAAUCAUGUUAUUCCUCCACUGCGCUAGAUGCUGCUGCAGGCUGCAGCUGCUGUCACCAAACCGGGCAGCUUCUUGCAGGAAAACAGCAGGGCAUGAAAUGCGACCCGCCCGUUGUAUUUCUAUCUGUUAUUGUGAUGUUUAACUGCGCUUUACAGCUGAAUUAACUCUCGAUACAUGCGCAUCUUCUUAUUAGGAAUGAAAACGGUAUGUACAAUCUUUUGUUUGUGCGCCUUUACGAGCAUCGAAUAAGCUCAUUGUUCAGGUUGCAGCCAGGCCCAGGAGGCUGCUGCACAAUACAGCUCAUCUGUUGUCAAGGUGGAUUUCUUGGUUUUGCAUGUUACGGUUUGGUCAGUUCAUCAACCAUAAAACAGAUGUCCUUAUGAUGUGUCAAAGAAUGCACCAUGUUGGAUAAAAGCAGUGAUAAAGACCAACAGACUGCUCACUGCUGCUCAGACUGUGGAUGCAUCCUGCCACAGCCUGACUCUGAUUCAGCCCCUCCUAAACAGCAGCGUGUGCACAAAGCGGCCGGUCCUUCCAAGUGUCCAUCCUGCCAGGCGGGCACCAGCAGCCUCUCCAACGGGCGGCGCCACCGGCCCCACCGCCGCAUCCGCCUGGACCCUCACAGCUGCAGCCUGUGCUCCAAAACCUUCAUCUCCUCCGCCCACCUGACCCUUCACCUCGCCUCUCACAACAAGGAGAGGAAGUUCAGAUGCAGCACCUGUGGCAAGUACUUCCAUCAGUCCUCCCACCUGAUGGCGCACAAGUUAAUCCACAGCGGGGACAGGCCAUUCAAAUGCCCGGAGUGUGGCAAGACCUUCGGCCGUGCCUCGCAUCUGAAGACCCACCGCCGGCUCCACACGGGCGAGAAGCCCUUCAAGUGCACCUUCUGUGACAAGUCGUUCACGCAGAAGGCCGGGCUCCUGGCACACGUUCGUCUUCACACGGGUGAGCGGUCGUACAGGUGCGAGCAGUGUGGCGAGGGUUUUCGCUCUCUGUCGCUCCUGCUCUCUCACAAGGCCGAUGAGGCGUCUGGGCAUGCCAAACCAGAGCCGGCACCACCAGCACCGAACCAGCCCCAGAAGACGCAGAGUAGCCCCGAGGAUCUGAACUGUGGCGUCUGCUGCCGCACCUUCGUACGAUCAUCAUACAUCAGGCUGCACAUCCGCCUCAACAAAGGACAGCGGCCUUAUCACUGCAAAGUGUGCAACAAGACCUUUGUCAAGCUGGAUACGUUUGUGAACCACUGUGAUAAACACUUGAGGCAGAAAAGGGAUAAAAGUGUGGCAAAGGAGGUGAAAGACAAAGUUGUUAAACCUCCCCAGUUUGUCCCACUCUCCAAGCUUCCUCCUCCUCCUCCUCCUCCUGAGUCCUCACCCACGCAGCCUUUAUCCUCGGAGGUCAACACACGCUCCAGAGCAAAAGCAAAGAUUAAAACAGAGCCAUGACCAACAGGGAGUGCAUCUAGACAAAAAAAUGCUCUUUAACUAAGACAUGUGUUGAAACAGUUCUGCCACAGCACUUAAUAACAACUGCAGGACGGUAGUGUCAUGUUGAUGUAAUUUUCAAAAGAAAAGCAAAAACCAACAGAACUAAUGAAAAGUUACAAGUUUACACAUGAUUGGAAAAAGGGACAAAGAGCUAAUAUGUAGUUGAAUAACUCCAAAAAUACUGUUGUACAACACAAGUUUACUAAUUGUACAGUUAUUUUGUUUGGAAUUGUUAAUUUAUUGUGAAUGAUUAUCUUUGUAAUGUUGUUAUUUAAUGCUUAUUUUAGCUCAUAAAGCUAAUUAACACUUGUAAUUUAACAUUUUAGUGGCGUACAUCGUUCACUCUAAUCUUUAAAUAGAGAAAAAUAUCUCUAACCAUUAUUAGGGCUGGGCAAUAUGACGAUAUACAGAAUUAGGGCUGUCCCAAAUACAAUUUUUUGGGCUUUGAAGCUGCCGCACUAGUGCACACACACGCACCUCUACACACAACAAACGAUAUCCGUCUAAGAAUAACUAAUAAUAAUUCAUUUUGAAUAUGAAUUAUGGGAUUAUUACUUAUUUCAUGGUCUAUUUUGGGAUUCAUACAUUAUUAUAACAUACUAAUAUAUGUA